ACCCUCCCACUGUUCCCUUCUCCAGGUUGAAACCCCACAGUCAGUUGGACUCACAGGGAAUCACAAAAAUGACAACCUACCAAAUCCCCUCCCUCGUGGCCUCCAAAGUCUCACCAUCCGCCCAUGCCCUCCUUCAGAAAGUCCACCGCUUCGUUGAGACAGAAUGCAUCCCGGCAGACGCCGUCUUCGACGCUCAGCAACCCACUGACCCAGCGAAGCGCUUUCUAAACACCUACCCAGCCAUAAUCGACACGCUAAAGGCGCGAGCCAGGGCACAGGGGCUCUGGAACCUCUUCCUCUCGCAGAAACACUACCCAGAGGGCGUCCCGCUCACAAACCUAGAAUAUGGCCUGAUGGCCGAAAUCAUGGGACGAAGUCUCAUAGCCUCGGAAGCAAUGAACUGCUCGGCACCAGACACGGGCAACAUGGAAGUCCUAGCCAAAUACGGCUCACCGGCACAAAAGGCCCAAUGGCUCACACCACUACUGGAGGGCAAUAUCCGCAGCGCCUUUGUGAUGACAGAACGCCACCGCGCCUCGGCCGAUGCGAAGAACAUCAACCUGGAAAUCACGAGACAGGGCAAUGAGUAUGUCUUGAACGGGACGAAAUGGUGGAGCAGCGGCGCCGGCGAUCCGCGAUGCAAGCUCUAUUUAGUAAUGGGGAAAUCCGACGCCUCAAACCCAAACCCGUACAAGCAGCAAUCCGUAGUCAUAGUCCCGGCCGGCACACCAGGCGUGCAGGUUCGCCGCGCGCUAUCGGUGUACGGGUACGACGACGCCCCGCACGGACACUGCGAGAUCACCUUCACCAAUGUGCACGUCCCGCUGGAGAAUAUGGUCUUCGGCCCCGGUCGCGGCUUCGAGAUAAUCCAGGGCCGAUUGGGACCGGGAAGGAUACACCACUGCAUGAGAUCUGUCGGCGCGGCGGAGCGCGCGCUGGAGUACAUGAUUGCCCGCGUCAACGACCCGGACCGUAAAACCUUUGGCAAGCUCCUUUCCGAGCACGGCUCCAUCCUAGAAUGGAUCGCCAAGUCCCGCCUCGAGAUCGACGCUGGCAGGUUGUUGGUGCUGAAUGCCGCUGACAAGAUCGAUAACUCGGACGCGAAGGGUGCCAUGAGCCUCAUCGCUCAGGCCAAGGUCUACGUGCCGAGUAUGAGCCUUGCCGUCAUCGAUCGUGCGGUGCAGGCUCACGGCGCUGCCGGGGUUAGUCAGGACUUCCCGCUCGCGAGGAUGUGGGCACACCAGAGGACCCUGAGGAUCGCGGAUGGGCCGGACGAGGUGCACUUGAAUCAGCUCGGGAGGACGGAGAAUAGGAGGAGCAAGGAGAUGUGAGUCCCCCCCCCUCUCUCCGUCUUGUUCAACAUUUUGCAGUGCUAAAUUGUUUUGAGCGCAGUGAGGAUAAGAUUGCCAUGCAGACCAAAAAGACGCAGGAGCUCAUGCAGGAGUUUGGGAUCCGGGUUAGGGCGAAUCUGUAGCAGUAUCAUAGCAUUUUUAUUUUUUUCUAUUUUUUAUCCCCUUUCCCUAAAUUAUUGUAUAUGUAUAAUAUUGGUAUUCACUUCUAGUCGUCGGG